AUGGCAGACACGGCCGACUCCCAGUACGCUCGGGUCUUUGGUGAGGACGCUGUUCGAAACACCCCAUCUUGCCUUGGAAAAGGAGAGUCGUGGUGGGCAGACCGGUACCAGUGGUUGAAGGAAAAUGGUUACGAACUCCGUCCACGGUACGCCCCAGGUUGGACACCAUCUUGGCGCAAGUCGAAGAAGGCGUUCUUCGAGUGUGAAGACGGACAAGUCCUUGUGGAUACCAGACUGGCAGACGCAGUACGCACUUCUGAUGGCAAGUUCGUCAUGUUGAAGAUGAUUACCACGUCCCGACACCCGCACGAAGCCGAGAUAGGUCAAUACCUGUCGUCAGAGCCUCUCGCAUCCGACCCUUUCAACCAUUGCGAGCCCAUAUACGAAGUUCUUCGUGUGCCCGGCGAUGACGAUGAAGUGGUUUUGGUUAUGCCACUUCUCAGGACCUUUCAUGAUCCGCCCUUCGACACUGUAGGUGAAUUCGUCGACUUCUGUAUCCAGGUCUUUUCAGGCUUGAAGUUUAUGCACGAUCAUCACGUCGCUCAUCGCGAUUGCUCAGAGCUCAAUAUCAUGAUGGAUGCACAUCCUAUGUUCGUUGGCAGCUGGCACCCCAUGCAACCCGAUAUGAAACGAGACCUUAGUGAUACGGUAACUUACUAUACUCGGACGAAGCGGCCCCCCAGGUAUUACUUCAUUGACUUUGGCAUCUCGCGUCGAUAUGACGAGUCCGUCGCGGACCCUCUUGAAGAGGUGAUCGAAGGCGGUGAUAAGACCGUCCCAGAGCACCAGCCCGACUGCCCUCCCCAGAACCCGUUCCGCACCGACAUCUACUGCGUCGGAAACGCCAUCCAAGAGCGCCUAUUGACGGAAACGCGCGGAUUGGAGUUUAUCCAGCCUCUCAUUGACGAUAUGAGGCAGGCAGAUCCAGCGAAGCGGCCUUCGGCGAGCGAUGUUGUCGAGCGCUUCGACGAGAUUGUUAAGGGCAUGAAUUCAUGGAGACUACGCUCCCGCGUGAUAUAUGUUACUGAUGGGAUGUUCACUAACGUCCUCCGCGGGCUGACGCACUGGUCUCGUCGCGUCCGGUUUGUUGUCACUCGAACGCCAUCGAUACCAAAACCUUCGUCCUAAAGGUUUGUUGAUAAUAUUAUGGAUGCUGAAUAAUCGUCACAUGGGCAGCGCCCUAUCGUCGAUGUCUUGAC